GCGGUGAGUGCUUCCGGGUCAAAGUUCGUCGUACAGCCCAUGUGCUUCUCAUGCGUCGGUGUUGUUACGGUAAUGUCGAGUUUAGUGAAGUGAUAGAUUAAACCUUUCUUUUUGUCCUUAUAUAUUGUAAGCGUCCUGUUGGUACAGUACGUCGCGGAAAUGUCUUCGUCUAGUUCACAGGAAAAGGAUACGCGAGCUUCUAGAUUUGAGUGUCCUGCGGACUUUGUGCCUCUUCAGUACAGCUGCAGUGAAAAGUCUGAGAGAGGAAACAACACGGAGCUGUGGCUCAUUAAAGCUCCAGCUCAAUUCAACCCCAGCAGCCUGGCACAUUUGAAAGUGCCGUUAUCAGGCCUAGAGAUGAUCCAGUCUACAGAUGCCUCUUCUCAGAUCUACAGUGUUCUCUCUAGCCGCUCAGGUCCUACUGACCUUCAUCUUCUCACGUCCAGUGAUAAAAAGCAAAAAGCAGCUCUCUCUGCUUCUGGCUUUGCUGGAAUCCUCAGUAUCAGUGAAAGUUAUGGGGAUUGCAGUGGUAAUCAGAGCCUUAUUCCCAUCCCAGCAGCCCCUGCUCCGAGCUUCCCACUAGGCCUAAAGCAGCGUUUUCAGCCCUUCGGCAGCUCUACAGCUUCUCGUGUGUUUCAGAGCACCACCUCAACUUCUCCUUUGCCGCCAAAGAAAGUAAAGCUUGAGUCUGAAGGGAUUGAAGAUCAGAGUAAGAAGAAGAAGAAAAAGAAGAAAGAGAAACACAGCAGAGAUGAGACUCCUGAAGUGGCCCACAUUAAACAGGAAGAUGUAGCUUAUGAAUGUAGUGAGCUGCAAGUCUCAGAGCCAGUGGAGGAAGAUAGUACAGCUGAGAGAAAGAAGAAAAAGAAGAUUAAAAAAGAAAAGGAGAGAAUGGACCCAGAGGAUGAGGUGGCUAUUGAUGCCAGUUUAGUAGCCAAACAGGAACCAAUGGACACUUCCUUCGGUGACAUUAAGAGCUCUGUGCAAAAGAAAAAGAAGAAGAAGAAGAAGAAAGCACAAGUUGAGUAGGCAUUUAUUAAAGGUCUUACUUACUUGCUAAGCAAAUUAUUAGGAACACUGUGCUAAUACUGAAUAUGGCCAGAUUUGAUUUCAGAACAGCUUCACUUCUUUGUAUUAGCAGUAGUGGUAUUAGUAGGCAGUCCAGUGGUUAAGGUGUUGGUCACUCUGGAUAUGGGCAUCUGCCAAAUGCCAUACAUAUAAAUGGAAUUAACUGAUCCAAACUGUGCCAAGAUUCAUUCACCAACCCAUUACACCACCUCCACCAGUCUGGACUGUUGACACAAGGAAGGCUGGGUCCAUGGAUUCCUACUGUUGACACACAAUUCAGACCCUACCAUCUGUGUGCUUCAGAUGAACUUGAGAUUCAGGAAAGUGGGCUAGAUUUUUCCUGUUUGGUAAGCUUGUGACCACUGCAGCCUGAGAGAGAAGUGGAGUUUGAUGUGGUAUUUUGCUGUUGCAGCAAAUCUACCAUCCACCUCAAAGUUCAGCAUGCUGAGCAUUCUGAGAUUCUUUUCUGCUUACCACAAUGGUAAUGUGGUUACCUGAGUUACUAUUGUCUUUCUGCUAGCUGAAAACAAUCUGGCCAUUCUUUGUUAACCAUCAUUUAUCAUCAACAAGGCAUUUCUGCAUGAAAAUGUUCCAUUUCACUAAAUGUUUGUUUUUUUUAUUGCAUAAUUUCAAGGGAACUUUAUUGUUUGCAGUGUGUGUAAAUCUUCUAUGAUCAGCAAUAGAAAUAUACCAGCCUGUCGGACCCCAACAAUCAUAACAUGGUCAAAAUACAUUCUGAUGAAUGAACAUCAUUCGAAGCUGCUGGCUUACAUGUGCAUGAUUUUAUGCAUCACUCUGCUGCCACACGAUUGCCUGAAUAGAAAAUUGCAUUAAUGGGUGUACAGAUCUUUCUAAUAAAGUGCUUUGUGAGAGUAUGUUUUGAUUGUAACUUUGGCAAUUUUAUGAUGUCAAAAAUGUUAUCUACAACAGCUAGUCAUGUUUCUACAAGUUUUAUAAAGACUGAACUUUUUAUAAAUGAA